CAGGCCGAGCCGCCUUGCUCUUCGUGACUACUUUAAGUGCCGCGCUGUCGGCGUUCCCUGCCCCUGGAAAGCCCGAGCCGCGGUACCGCCGGGCGAAGCGCUGCGCUGUCCCGUACCAGCCCUAAGAAGGAGACCCAGGGCGGGGUCGCGCCUCGGGCCUCCGCUGCGGUCCCUGGCAGGCAGGAACCGGCGCUGCGGGGCCUGCGGCGGAGCGCGACCCCCCUCCCCGGCCGCCCUGUCCACCUUGCCGGGGAAGGCGGAAGAUGCCAGUGAAGAAGAAGAGAAAAGCCCCCGGAGUGGCAGCGGCGGUCGCCGAAGACGCGGGCCUCAAAAAGUGUAAAAUCUCCAGCUAUUGCAGAUCCCAGCCUCCUGCUAGACUAAUCAGUGGAGAGGAAGACUUUUCAAGAAAGAAGUGCCUGGCUUGGUUUUAUGAGUAUGCAGGUCCUGAUGAAAUUGUAGGGCCAGAAGGAAUGGAAAAAUUUUGUGAAGACAUUGGUGUUGAACCUGAAAAUAUUAUUAUGUUAGUUUUAGCGUGGAAAUUGGAGGCUGAAAGCAUGGGAUUUUUUACCAAGGAAGAAUGGUUAAAGGGAAUGACCUCAUUACAGUGUGACUGCACAGAAAAGUUACAGAGCAGAUUUGAAUUUUUGCGCUCACAGCUGAAUGACAUCUCAUCAUUCAAGAAUAUCUACAGAUACGCCUUUGAUUUUGCAAGGGAUAAAGAUCAGAGAAGCCUUGAUAUCGAUACUGCUAAGUCUAUGUUAGCACUGCUGCUUGGAAGAACGUGGCCACUCUUUUCAGUAUUUUACCAGUACCUGGAGCAAUCAAAGUACCGUGUUAUGAACAAAGAUCAGUGGUACAAUGUAUUAGAGUUCAGCAGAACAGUUCAUGCCGAUCUUAGUAACUACGAUGAAGAUGGUGCUUGGCCUGUUCUUCUUGAUGAAUUUGUUGAGUGGCAAAAAAUCCGUCAAACAUCAUAGCAAGAACUGUUGUGAAGAAAAUGCAAAUCUUGUGAAGAAAAUGCACAAGGAGGAGGGAGGAUAUGCAGAGGGUGCAUUUUCUCUCACGAAAGACUUCUCAUAGUACUUUUUUUCCUUUUUUUUAAAGGAAGUUUUCUUGUUACAUGUGAUGGGCAUUGAGCCACAUGUCUUCUGAGACUGAAUAUUGACAUUUUUGUUUCAAGUUAUGUUUUUAACAUUUAUUUCAGAACAAUAAAGAUUCAGAUUUGUGACAAAGGCCUUAAAGUGAAGAUGUCCAUUGAAUUGUCAGAGUGGCAUUUAUUUUGGUAAAUUUGAUUUCUUGAACUUUUGAAGUUCUAAAGCACUAUGACUUUGUAGAACUUUAAAGACUAAGCAAUCUAAAUAUUUGCAAGUGUGGAAAGGGCUCCAAGUUUAGGUUUCUAUAAAAGCUAUUUAUGCACAAACUAAAGAGUAUAGGGUUGGAAAGAUUAUGUCCAAGUUGUCUUUAUUUUCUAACCCUUGUUUUAAAAGCAUUCUUAAUGUGAAUUGUAAGUUUCUGUAUCUCUGUAAGUUAAAAAGUUAUUAUUUCCAAGAGCAAAGUCAGCCUUAUGAAUGUUUUAGAACCAGUAUUGAAGUUGUGUCUUUCUUACCAUUAUUUAGUAAUUAGCAUGAUUUUAGCCAUGAAGAUAUA